GUCAUUGCUAACGGCAGGGUGACAUACCACAUCGUGCGUUCAACUUGAUGUUGUUGGAUCGUGGCAAUGAUUCCGGGACCGAACGAAAAGGGGCUCCGUCACAGACCUAGGACUUCGUGGGAGGGAUGUCGUCGGAUUGCAAUGUAGCGUUCAUAUGAUUUGGCUUGGACAAUGUUAUGUACCCAGCGUUUCCUAAACUCGUCCUGUCGAAGCAUGUCAGACGCCGGAAAAGAUGCUCGAAAACAAUAUCAAUAUGGCUGACUCUAGCAGUCUGCAGCAAGUCCAACAGGCACAGGUAUCCUGCCGGUGACUCUCCUGUAACAUGUACGUUAAGCUACGUUGCUUGCAACGCCAGUAGCAGCCACGAGUCCAAACCUACCAGGGCGGCUUACCCUGCCAGCUGCCGGGCAAAGGGUUCAGCCUGCGCAGUGCGGCUGGGAAAAGGCUGCAGGCGUUGCCAAAAACAAGUCGGCAAGUACUUGCAGCUGGCCGAAGACACAUUUUGCGAUCACGACACGUUUCGGCGAGAUUGCCCGUCACCGAGACUGUAACUGUAGCCUGUAAUCGUCAUAUUGUGAGCAGUAGACAGGGAACGUUGUGACUAGCAAAGCAUUGUGAAAAGGCGUCCUCAAUGGUGAGGAAUCUCACACUGACGGGGAAAGGGAUUUGCAUGGCUCGCAGACCAUCGUUGUUAAGUUAGUGCAUCA